AUCAAGCAAUGGCAUCGAUGACCAUGACAGCAACAUUCCUCCCUACCAUCGCUAAGCUUCCAUCAGCCACCGGCGGAAGAAGGCUCACGGUGGUUAAAGCCUCGACGGGGGAGAACACAGCCAGCUUACAAGUCAAGAACAAGGAGGAGAAGAGCAGCACCACAAUGAGGAGGGAUCUUAUGUUCACUGCUGCAGCUGCGGCCGUUUGUUCCUUGGCUAAGGCAGCCAUGGCUGAGGAGGAGGAGCCUAAGCGGGGGACAGAGGCGGCUAAGAAGAAGUAUGCUCAAGUUUGUGUCACUAUGCCUACGGCUAAGAUCUGCCGUUACUAAUUCAACAAAUCUACCUCUCAUCUCUCUCUCUCUCUCUUCUAUCUCUCUCUCAGUUAUUGGUAUGUAAUCAUAUAUUUGAUCAAAGAUCUUUC